AUGGGCGCCUGCAGCAGUGGGCAGAGUGAUGAAGUGGAGCUCGUCCAUGAGAUGCGAUAUCCCAUGUACGUGGUGAAGGUCACCGACUUCUUAGACAUGGAAGGUGGUAUGACACAUCAGGAACUAAAAGCCGCGGGCAAGCUGUACCAAUGGGUGCCCGGAAUGUUUGCAGUCUUCGUGUCACAUCAAUGGUUGGGGCAUGUUCAUCCAGAUCCUCUUGGGGAGCAACUCCAAGUUUUGAGGGAUGGCUUGCGAGGUUUGGUCGAGGGUUCCCUCAAGGUGGAGCACAACUUUGUGGCCACCAUCUAUGGUGUUUCCUUGGACUGGUCAGAGUCCAAGCGUGAAGCUCUACAUCAGGGUUAUCUCUUUCUCGAUCUCUGCUCUUUGCCCCAAAUUCUGGAUCUUGGCACUGGUUCGGUGGACUUCACCAACACCUCCGACGCUUCCCUCGCGGUGCAGAGUAUUCCGGCAUAUGUGGAACGAUGUGAUUUGUUCAUCGCCUUAGCACCAGAGCUUACGCACGCCGACAGCGGUGCUCACUGUAAUUACACCACCUGGCUGACCCGCGGCUGGUGUCGCGCCGAACUCUGGUACCGGACACUCUCCAACCGGAAGAACACCUCGGUGAUCGUCAUGUUAUCUGCUGUGGAGGCCGAAUGCAUGUUCUACCAGAACAAGUACCAGACGCGCAUUGUGGAUGGCCAGUUCACAGUGGAAGAAGACCGUGCCGUUCUGACACGCUUGGGGGAAGAAGCGACGGACAAGAAGAUCAAGCACCUCAGGAGCCGACCUGAUGAUUUGCAUUGGUAUCGGUAUUUUGUGGCCUUGCGCAACAGAUGGGUUGGGCAACCGAACAGGACCUGGACGGUGCCCGACUUCUUGGAGCACUUCAUGUUCGACAGCCUGGCCGAUGCGGCGAUUGAUGGGAGCCACAUGUUUGGGCUCUUGUGCGCGGUGGUGGCGGGCGAUUGCAGCAUGGUGAGAGCCUUGGUUUCGGCGCAGGCUGACGUGAACCGCCAGGUCUCAGGGCUGGCAGACAUGGGUUUUUAUCCUGGCAUCACUCCCCUGAUGGUCGCCGCCAUCUCGGAACAAUCCGGCCCCGUGAUGUCCACCCUCUUGGAGCUCAAAGCGGACAUCCAUGCGCGCUCCUGGAUGGGGGUGAAUUCUUUGUUCCUCGCGCGGAGUGCAGAGCAGGUGGCGGUGCUGUUGGAGGCGAAGGUCGACCUGGAGGGUGCGGCCUUACCAGCACACUUGACACCACUGACGGGUGUGAACAUCUAUUCCAACGUGGAGACGGUGGUGGCCUUGUUGGAGGCAAGGUGCGAUCCCAACCCCGAGCUCGCAGGUGCCGGUUUCGGCCCCUUGCACGCCGCCGGGCUCUUCUCACGUGGGAAUCCUGAAGCACUGGACAUGGCAAGGCUCUUGAUUAUGCAGCGAGCGGAUGUGAACGUCCCUGCUCGGCCGACGAUGCUUUUUGGGUUGAUUUGUGGUCUUUCCCAAAGCCGUGCCAACCUUUGUGGCUUCGAUGCCUGCCCCGCGCGCACACGCUUCUUCGCUUCACUGCCUGGAUUGACGCCUUUGGGCAUUGCCGCCUCAGUGGGCUCGGAGACCCUCGUGAACCUGCUGCUGGAGCACCGUGCCGAGCCGGAACAACCCAAUGGACGGGGAGAUGUGCCAAGGUAUUUGGCCUUGGCCAAUGGGCACAAGCACGUGUAUGCCCUUCUGGAAGAUACUUUUUCGAUCUGA